AUGGCGAUCAUCCGAAAAUCGGGCGGCUGAACAAUUCAGAUGACACUAGGCCAAACUAAGAAGCGGCUAAAUAUUCAAGUGCCGCAUGGAACGCAACCCAUAGCUAGCUUGUCUGCCAAUCUUGGUCUAUACACUUAGCAAAAGUGGUGUUCAGCCUUCCGGGAACUUGCUUGUAUCGCCGAUCCCCUUCUCAUUCCCAAUCAUGGACGAUAGUCGACUUGAUUAUUUCAUCUUUGGCUACAACAUCUCCCAUUCACUCUCACCCACACUGCACAAUGCUGGCUUUAAAGAGCUCGGGUUACCGCACCACUUCUCGUUACACGAGACUUCGUCAGUCGAUGAAUCUAUUGAGUCUAUCAUCAAACGACCCGAAUUUGGAGGCGCCUCUGUGACUUUUCCACACAAGCUACAGAUAGGCAGGCUGCUUGAUUCUGUCAGCGCAAGCGCCGAGAAAGUUGGUGCCAUCAACACCAUCGUAGCCCGAGGGGCCGGUUCAAAGCGUACGCUCCAUGGCGACAAUACGGACUGGAUCGGCAUCAGCCGUUGCAUCGAACGAAGCGCGGACUUCGAUCUGAAAUCAUCGGUUGGCUUGGUACUUGGAGCUGGAGGAGCUGCCCGCGCUGCUUGCUAUGCAUUGCAAGAUCUCGGCAUCUCAGAACUAUUCAUAGUCAACAGAACUUUGUCGAAAGCUGAGAAAAUGGCAGCACACUUCAAUCAAGUGCCCAGUCGCAGCUUCAACACACUCGAGGAGGCAAUAAGGGCUGCGGAAGCUCCCAUUCGAGUGGUUGUUGGGUGUGUGCCAGCGGAUGACCUGACCAAAGAGAAGAUACCAGCUGAGCUCUUUGCUGGCUCUGAGGCUGGCGUCUUGGUGGAGAUGGCCUACCGACCGCAGGUGACUGGCAUGAUGGAGACUGCCGCAGAUAGAAAAGGAUGGCGUAUCUGUAGGGGCAUCGAUGUUCUGGAAGAACAAGCGUACGAGCAGUUCCAAAUGUGGACAGGUAGGCCUGCGCCGAUGGAAGUUAUGCGGACAGCUAUGCAAGAAAAAGUCGGGAGUAACAUGUAGCCUCGAGUGUACGUUGUGUAGUAACGCAUGAUCAACACGUUAUUGAGUUUCAUGAAGCUUCUAAGAUACCCCAGACGAGUUCACCAGCUAGAAGUGUACCUUUUUCU